AUGUUCUACCUGUCACAACCAUCCUUCCUGGUGCGCUCCAGUCACGAGUUCCUGGGGGUGAGUGGAAAUCCCCAGAUGUCUGUCAGGUGGUACAAGCUUCGCUCCAAGCCAGGGAAGAAAGAAAAGGAGAGAGGGGAGAUCGAGGUGGAUAUCCAGUUCAUGAGGAGCAACAUGACAGCCAGCAUGUUUGACCUGUCCAUGAAGGACAAACCCCGCUCCCCCUUCGGGAAGCUGAAGGACAAGCUGAAGGGGAAGAGGAGCAGUGGCCUCUCCGACACGGCCUCGGCCGUCAUUCCCAGCACCACGCACUCCCCUGCCGACAGCGAAGAUGAGUCGGUGGAGAAGGAGAAGGAGAAGAAGAAAUCCAAGUUCAAAACACUCUUUUCCAAACCUGGCCUGCAGAAGACCUCCCUCUCCCAGUCCAUGUCAGUCCUGCCCACCCAGCAGCCCCUCACCCAGAGGGUUCGGCUCCGGCCCAGCGACUUCCAGUCGCAAUGGGAUGAGGAGGAGUCCGAGACCUCUCCAGCCUCAGACAAAGCCUUUGGAAAUGCCCUGGAAGAGAAGUCCUCUCCUUCUCCUUUAUUUAAGUCUCGUAAAACAGCAACCUUGGACAGCAGGCAGCUAAACCAAGCAGCUACAAGCCACACCAAGAAAGAGGGGCUCUCUUUAUUCAGUGGCCUUAAAUCCAAAAGUGACCCCGUUUCCAAGUCCAGUCUGUGCAUCAAUGGCACUCAUGUCUAUAUGGAGGAGAGCAUGACAAAGGACAGCACUCCAGCCUCUUCCCCUUCUCCUCACAACUUCCGGAGGAAGCAUCUCUUUGCUUCAGAAGAGAACCUGUCUUCCAGAUCUACUAAAGGACCUGAAGAGACAGGAAGAACAUCUCCUAGUCAGGCUUUGUCUGGGUCUUCAUCCUUGGAGACCUUCAAAGCUAUGACUUUGCCAUCAUACAAACUGCUUAGCAGUGAAGAACACCUGGAAACCAGCCCUCCUCCAAGUGUUGAGGCUGUGAAGGAGACCAAGAAACCAGACCACAAAAAGCCUGCCUUGCUGUCCCUGGUCACAGGGAAGAAGGAAGCAGGGAAGACCAGCACUGCUGAGAAUAUUCCCAACAGGAACCUGCAGGAUGAGGAGAACAAAGAUCCAGAAGAGAAGCGUGAACAAGAGGCCAAAGGUCUUGAGCUUCCAGCAGAUGUAAGCAGAGGGAAUCCCUCAGGAGACAGUCACCCUGCAGAAGAGGCCUUGGCAAAUAAGCAGCCACUGAACCCUUUCGAGGAGGAACGGAAACCUGAGAAAGCUGCUGCACCAGCCAAGACCAGAGCAGUGAAACCCAGACUCCAUCCUGUGAAGCCAAUGAAUGCCACAGCAAACACGACCCAGAGCAAAACCCUGAAUGUCAUCAGCACCAUGAAUGAAAAGCUGCUGGAGAUGAACAUGAAGAAAUACAAUCCCUCAGAUCCUGGCUAUGCUUAUGCUCAACUAACACACGAUGAGCUGAUCCAGCUGGUCUUGAAACAGAAGGACACGAUCACCAAGAGGGACCUCCAGGUGCGCGAGCUUGAGGACUACAUUGACAACCUGCUUGUCAGAGUCAUGGAGGAGACCCCAAACAUCCUGCGUGUUCCAGUCUCUGGAAACAAAAAGGCUGGGAAGAUGUAG